AUGUCUCCCACGAUGCAAUUGGCGCCUCACACGGCCACCUACACUCCCACUUCCGACGCCAUGGAUCGUCAUGAAUAUGGAAUCACCAAGAACCGCAAGGCGGCUUCAACCGGAGGAGGCAGAGCAUGGAGCGAGGAUGAGGAAGUCUAUCUCCUCCAGACUCGUCUUCAGAAGAUGCCUUACAAGCACAUCGCCGCUCACCUGAAGAAGACUGAGCUGGCAUGUCGCCUUCACUACCAUCAGCUUAGCCACGGUAGCAACCGACGCAAGCAGCGUGCCACCUCGGUCUCUUCUGGCUCUUCCACCACCCACUCACCUGUCAUGCAACCGACGAUGCCUUCUUCGAUCCGAGAGUCGACUCCUCGUUCGGUUUCUCCCCCAGGCAGCUCAACCAGCUACGCCCCUCACUCGCCCGCCCCCAUGCAACUUCCCAGCAUCAUGGGCCACGAGGCUUCUCCCAGGCUCCCCGCCAUCCUCCCUAAGCCGGUCUGCAUGACACUGCCACCUCCCACCGCCUCCCCCACCCGCGGGUAUCCCACACCUCUCCCUGAGCCUCGCAGCGCGGCUCUCCCCUCCGCCACCUUCCAGUCCAUCUCCGGCAGCCUCCCCAUCACGCCACCCCUGCGUCUGGAGUGCCCUCUUCCUUCUGCCCAGUCCAUCGUCAGCCAUCAACACGUUGACAUGAACCGCCUUCAAUCCGUCUACACUGCACACCGCGCCUCUUUCUGGGCCGCUGUGGCUAACGACUACGGCCCGGGCGCAAGCCCCGUUGCUUUGGAGCAGGCAUGGCAGAAUGGUGCAUGCUGCAACCAGCAGCAGGCCAGCACACCCAUCACACCCACUUCCAGCCCCGACAAUCUGGAUCGCGAUAGCUACGAAAGACCUCAAGACAAGACUCGCAUCUCUGCCAUUCUUGGCAUUGACGCCAACCCUCGCUCUCCCCGUGAGCGUGAGUUGGUGAGACGCAUGGAGGAAUCAAGAGUCGGCGCCUAA